AUGCUGCAUCCUCCUCUCUCCGUGCUGUCAGAGCUGUGUGCUCGCCGGAGAUCGGUGCUGCUUCCUCGCCUCCCUCCUUCAUCGGAUCUUCCAAACCCCCCUCCGCCGCCCCCAUGUUUGGACCGGAUAAACUGGGCUACGAGAUGGAUUUCGGCUACAGGAAUACGGCUUCUCUAGGGGACUUUAACCCGUUCAGCGCUAGCAUCCCAGCCACCAAAGUGGAGUUAACAAUCAGUUGCAGGAACCUUUUGGACAGAGACACAUUUUCCAAAUCUGAUCCAUUAUGUGUAUUGUAUACACAAGGUAUUGGAAACAAGGAAUGGAGAGAGUAUGGCAGGACAGAAGUAAUCGACAACACAUUAAAUCCAGAUUUUGUAAAAAAAUUUAUAAUGGACUACUUCUUUGAGGAAAGACAGAAUCUACGAUUUGAUCUAUACGAUGUCGACUGCAAAAGUCCCAAUUUAGCAAAACAUGACUUUCUUGGUCAGAUGUUUUGCACUUUGGGUGAAAUAGUUGGAUCUCAAGGAAGUCAUCUCGAGAAAGCUGUAACAGGUAUUCCAGGAAAGAACUGUGGAAGCAUCAUUGUCACUGCUGAAGAGCUGAACAAUUGCCGAGAUGCUGUGUUAAUGCAGUUUUGUGCCAAUAAACUUGACAAGAAAGACUUUUUUGGAAAAUCUGACCCCUUUCUAGUAUUUUACAGAAGCAAUGAGGAUGGCAGCUUUACAAUUUGCCACAAGACAGAGGUAGUGAAGAACACAUUAAACCCAGUCUGGCAGGCUUUUAAAAUUCCAGUCAGAGCUUUGUGCAAUGGGGAUUUUGACAGAACAAUUAAAAUAGAAGUCUAUGACUGGGAUAGAGAUGGAAGCCAUGAUUACAUUGGUGAAUUCACUACAAGUUAUCGGGAGCUAGCCAGAGGACAGUCACAGUUCAACGUCUAUGAGGUAAUAAAUCCCAAGAAAAAAGGGAAGAAGAAGAAAUAUCUGAAUUCUGGAACUGUUACUUUGCUUUCUUUUCUAGUGGAAACAGAAGUUUCGUUUCUUGAUUAUAUUAAAGGAGGGACCCAAAUCAAUUUCACAGUCGCCAUAGACUUCACAGCAUCAAAUGGGAACCCUGCACAGCCCACCUCUCUGCAUUACAUGAAUCCUUAUCAGCUGAACGCAUAUGGCAUGGCGCUAAAAGCAGUUGGAGAAAUUAUUCAGGAUUAUGACAGUGAUAAAAUGUUUCCUGCCCUCGGAUUUGGAGCAAAGUUGCCACCUGAUGGACGAGUUUGUCAUGAGUUUGCUUUAAAUGGAAAUCCACAAAACCCAUACUGCCAAGGAAUUGAGGGUGUUAUGGAAGCCUAUUACAGAAGUCUUAAAAGUGUACAACUAUAUGGUCCAACAAACUUUGCCCCAGUAAUUAAUCAUGUAGCAAGAUAUGCAGGCUCUGUAAAGGAUGGCUCCCAGUACUUUGUUCUGCUGAUUAUUACAGAUGGAGUUAUCUCUGACAUGGCUCAGACAAAGGAGGCAAUAGUCAAUGCUUCAAAACUUUCAAUGUCAAUUAUCAUUGUUGGAGUGGGACCUGCAGAAUUUGAUGCAAUGGUGGAAUUGGAUGGAGAUGAAGUCCGAGUAUCAUCAAGAGGACGUUAUGCAGAAAGGGACAUUGUACAGUUUGUUCCUUUUCGAGACUACAUUGACCGAACGGGAAACCAUGUGCUGAGCAUGGCACGACUUGCUAAGGACGUGUUAGCGGAGAUUCCUGAUCAGUUUCUCCUGUACAUGAGAUCCAGAGGAUUCAAGCCAUUUCCUGCUCCACCUCCAUAUACACCAACUGGGCACCUAUUACAGACUCAGAUCUGACUAGUAUAAAGUACAGCUCUUCCAAUAUUUGUGAAAUUUUGCAAGCUGCCAAUGCCAGGCCAGCUUCAACAAAAGGUGCACUAAGUCUGGACUUUUAACAAGCCUGCUUGUUUGCAUAGAAUACAGAGAGACUUUUCCGGAUCUAAAUGAUUCUGUUUACAGACCAAAACUGUAAAUAUGGAUAUAUGUGAAAACAGAAAGAUUUUAUAUACUCGGCAGGAAAAAAAAUCAAAAGACUGAAACUGUUUCCUGAGUCUUAUUUUUGUGAUAUUGAUUUUUAUUAUUAAAACUGUUGGGGGAAGCACAAAUCACGCUUUUAACCCAAACUGUAUCCUCCUCCCUAACCAAGCUCUACUUAUGUGGGAAUGCAAUUCCUUGGUGUUAAUGUUUACAUGUUACUAAUUUUUAAAUUUCAGUACUUUUGUAAUCGAUUCUUACAGAAAGUUUUAAAUUCUUUGAAAUCCAGUGUCUUCUGACUGGCAAUAAUUAUAGCCACAAAAAAAAAGCAAUAGCACUUUAAUGAAUCUCUUACACAAACAUUAAGAGACGUGGACAAGUGCUUUCACACCUUUUGGAAAGGAAGAAGAAAUACCGAGAUGCAGCACUUAAUACACUGUCCUCAUAAGAAAAUUAGCUUACCACACACAAAUCAGAAAAAGUGUGCUUUUAUUUUUAAUAUUUUACCCUGAAUAAUUUAUUCUUAAUUAAGAAAAAAACAUGCCAAAAAAGAAGCUAAUUCAAAAAGAGCCACCGAUCGUGAUUAAAAAUUCAAGCUAUUUACAUUCUUGAAUACUUGUCUUUUUUUAGGAAAUAAUUUUAGUUUUUUUUGCUCUGUAAAGUUUUAAUAAGAUGCAUGUGUCUAAAUCUUUGUGUGUCAAAGAGAUGAUAACAUGUUGAGGUUUCCUGUUAGCACCUACUCACGUUAUUGCCAUUGAGUAUGAGAAGACGGAAAUGGUAAGAACCCUGUCUUCCAUUGCUCCGCAGGGGUAAUGCUAACAUGAAACUCUGAGAUGUCUCCAGAAAUGUGUGAGAAAUGCACGUCCGUGUUACUCUAUACACGAAAACUAUGUUUACUAAAUUACCCAAAUACAUAUAUAUAUGCUUGUUCAUAUAUAAUGAUAAAAAAUGUUUUUCUUUUUUGCAUGUACAGUUUUUACAACCUAUAACACAGUUUUGUGCUACUAUGUGUCAAAUACAAUACAUUAUACUAGAACUUAUGGCCUUAAACACACACCCAGUUCCUCAAAAUGAUUGUGAAUUGCCUUUAAAUGAUGGAAAUUAUUCUAUAUAUUUUUCUUUUUCUUUUUUUUUGUGUCAACCUUGUAACAGACUUGUAAAUGUAAUAUUAUUUGCAUAAUAUAUGCAUAAAUAUUUUGUCUAUUUCUAUGAUGUACUGUUAUUACAAAACUUAUUGUAAUUACUAAUUUCUUUUGUAAGCAUGGUAACAGGUAUUUUGCUGAAUCAAAUUAUAUCUGCAAUUUUAGAGGAUCUAUACUUAUGUAAUGCUAUAUCUUAAUUUUUUAUUAUAUUAAAAAUAUUGAACCACUCCUAA